UAAGAAAACAAUAGUUCCGCCUACGCAUAACAUAAAAGUUCUGAAACACACUAUGGAUUCAAUCCGAAAUUUUUUUGGCUUGCUGUAUUUAAAUUAUUUACGUUUCUUUUGAUAAUAUUUUAUAUACUUUCACCACUGCUCGACGACUAUCGUGACAUGUGGAGCAACGUUCUUUCACUUUUGCCACAAGGAAGUCGCAAAUUCAGCAAAAGCUGAUGAAUGAGGAAAUCAUAAUGGAUGAGGGAGGAGAGGAAGACCAAAAUAGUCUUGCAUCAAGUGCAAAAUCUUUAGCGUACAGAGAAUACCUGACAUGGAAUGGAUACAAGACCCAUCGAGAUUACAACAUUGAGAAUGCUGAUGCGGAUGAAGACUGUUUAUUCAACUAUUCAACUACCCUCACUAACAGGCAGCGUGGCAAUGAAGUUAACGUGCGCCCUGCAGAGUUAGACUGUCUGUCCAUCCAUCAGCUUGCCGCCCAGGGUGAGGUAUUACAAGUGGCAAUGCAACUAAGUAAAGACGGCUCACUGGUGAGCAAACAGGAUGACCAAGGCUUCACUCCGCUAAUGUGGGCGGCAGCAUUUGGAGAGAAAACAGUGGUUGACUUGCUUUUGGAAAAGGGAGCAGACCCUAAUAUAGUGGCAAGAGACCAAGAAUGUGCAUUGACGCUGGCCAGUUCCGGAGGCUACGUGGACAUCAUCGAGGCUCUCCUCAGAUGUGGGGUUGAUGUCAAUGCCAAUGACUGGAAUGGAGGGACUCCACUCCUGUAUGCUGUCCGAGGAAACCAUGUCAAAUGUGUAAAAGUGCUCCUAGCGAAUGGAGCUGACAUCACAACAGAAUCUGACUCUGGUUACAGUGCAAUGGCCUUGGCUGUUGCCCUCGGGUACACAAAAGUUCAAAAGGUUUUAGAGGACCAUAUUCUGAGACUCUACAAAACAUGCUGUUAAAUUACACAGAGAUACUGAGGAAGUUUUUUUUUUUUUUUUUUUUUUUUUUUUUUUUUUAAUUGUAUGCAAAGUAGUGCAGUAUGCCAAAAAUGACCAAUAUUUGCCAUGUGUGCAGCAGGAUUGUUUAGUUUGGCUGUGGAUAAGCAAUUUUGUAAACAAGUUGUAAU